AUGCGGUACAUUUACUCCGAGGAACGGCUGCCAAUUCCCGAGAAUGUGAAGGUUCACAUUCGCUCGCGAGUUGUGACCGUUGAGGGACCCCGAGGCAAGCUCGUCAAGGACCUCUCCCACAUUGCCGUCACCUUCCGCCGCCCCGAGAACAAUGUCAUCUCCAUCGAGAUGCACCACGGUGUCCGCAAGGGCAUCGCUACCCUGCGUACCGUUCGCACCCUUAUCAACAACUUGAUCAUUGGUGUCACCCGGGGCUUCAAGUACAAGAUGCGCUACGUCUACGCUCACUUUCCCAUCAACGUCAACAUUGAGAAGAACUCCGAGACUGGCCAGUUUGAGGUUGAGAUCAGAAACUUCCUGGGUGAGAAGAUCGUUCGUCGUGUCACCGCCCAGCCCGGUGUCGAGGUCGCCACCUCCACCAACGUUAAGGAUGAGCUCCUGCUCACCGGUAACUCCCUGGAGGCUGUCUCCCAGAGCGCUGCCGACAUCCAGCAGAUCUGCAGAGUCCGUAACAAGGAUAUCCGGAAGUUCCUUGACGGUCUGUACGUUUCGGAGAGAGGCAACAUUGUUGAGGAAUAG